AUGAACCGAAUCAUGCUUAGAGGCAUCCAAUGCUAUGGUUGUCGAAGCCACGUUAUUCAAUCUUUUCUGGCAAUCGCCGACAUUACAUUUCCUGCACCUCUUUACCACAAGCCUUAUACGCGAUCUCACCUGCAGCACCAGAGCAGCUUCUCUUCGCUACAUGGCCAAUCCUUUCGCGGACAGUCUGUGGCCCACAGUACAUCUUCCAGAGACCCGCUGGAGGACAAUGGGACAGAACAACAUCCAGACUCCGCAAGUCAUCAAUCUAAUGAACAUGUGCCUUGGUAUCUAAGAGAAGAGUCAUCAGAGGUCCCUCCUCAUCCACUUGGCUCAAGGCAAUCGAUACCUCCUCUACCGGAUAACCCACCCCCGAUAUUGGAAGGCCUUUUGCAGCAUAUAUCCGUCGACAUUGGCCUCGACGACCUUUCUUUACUAGAUUUGCGGAGUCGCAACCCACCUCCUGCUCUUGGAGCAAACCUGAUCAUGAUUAUCGGCACCGCUCGCAGUGUAAAGCACCUGAAUGUAGCUGCUGAUCGAUUGUGCCGUUGGUUAAGAAGCACCCACAAGCUCCACCCUACUGCAGACGGUCUGUUGGGCAGAAACGAGUUAAAGAUCAAACUGCGAAGAAAGGCUCGUCGGGCGAAACUCUCUAGCAAUGCCGGAUCUGCGUUCGAUGAGAAGGACGACGGAAUCAUAACAGGCUGGAUAUGUGUGAAUGUCGGGUCCGUGGAGAAUGGAAAGGCAGCCGCAACAGAACAAAAGCAGGAUUUCGUUGGAUUUGGAAGCGUCGCGGAUGGUGCUCAAAUCGUAGUGCAAAUGCUUACCGAGGAGAAAAGAGCUGAGCUUGACCUGGAAGGUUUGUGGAGCGGAAAUUUUCCUCCACGAUCAGCCAGCGAAAUCAGAAUGUUUGAGCAACAUUUUGAAGCAUUUGCUGAAAAAGCAGUUGCUGAGGCGGCAAAUGGAAGGGCAGCACACCGCGAUCCUAGGGGUGUACGCGGGACGGGUUCCGGCAUGGAUCAUGGACAAAGAAGAGGUUUACACACAAUCCGUCGUGUCCCUAAUAUCAGUGUUGAGGCAGCUGUUCUCGGCCCUGCCUUUAUACCCCGGCAAGGAGCAACCGUACAGCAAGAACCACGUUUAGGCCCCGCUCCCAGUGUACCGCCCAAAGCUUCGAAGCCACUGAACUUGUCCCCCGAAACUGCAUCUUUGCUUCAUCAUCUGACCCAAGUACCGAAGGAUGAUGCAAUUCGUGAGCUCGGGUCAGGCCCACAGGAUUUAACCUCGACUUUAUUUCUGCGCCUGUUUCAAGAAGCUUUAUCAAAUGCUGAGCAAAAUCCCGAUGCCCAUAUUCUUGCAAAGCUGGAAUUAAUCCGCGUUGCUGUCACGUUACAACAUCCUCAUUAUAGCAAAACGGAUCUGUUCGAUGCGUUCAAAGAAUUCGCGGCGUCAGGGUACGAUAUAUCAGAAUCCCAAGCCUUGAAAACGGUCAAAGCUCUACUUUCUUUUGCCGAAAACGAUCCCGAUGGUUCUCAUACUGCCAAGCGUGUCUCUCGAUCUGACAUUGAUCUAGCGCUCAAAGUGCUGAACCAUAUGAGCCUGCGUGGUAUGGAUAUUCUCAGCCGUGAGGUUUUCUCCAUGCUGUACACCGCAUCUGGUUUUCAAGUUCCUGUCCGUCCAGUCAACGAAAAUCCCAGUCCUAGUUCCAUUGAAACAGAAACAUCCAUCCCUGUAUCCGCAGAAGAGUUCGAUGAAGUGCGCCUUGUCCAAGAUCGGUUGCGUAAAAUCAUGGAUGCCUUUGACGUGAAAUUCGGGCCAGACCAGUUUCUGACCUUGUUGCGGUUCCAUUUUCACCAUGGGAAUUAUGAUCAAUUUUGGGCGAUAUGGCGCAAGAUGUCUCUGCUGCAACUCCCUCGCUCCAAGGAGUUUUAUGUCCUACUAUUCCGUUUACACGCUGAGAGGGGUAACCAGAAGAGGGCUGCAGAAUGCUUAUCGUCAUGGGUCCCUAUGAUGGCGCGGGAGCAACCAGCUGUUGCGAUCGAUGCCGAUGUGGCACGUGUGAUUAUGGCAUGCCUACUCGUGGCCGAUCCGGAUGUCAAACAGAGAGCUGAUAACGGCGAUCCUGGCGAGUACCCAAGUCUUUGGGAUAGAUGUUGGAACGUCCUAGUUGCGAGCAAGGCGACCCAGGGAUAA